AUGCAUUGUGGGAAGUGUAGUCCCACGGCUGCCUGUUCCCCUUGCCCCGCCGGCCAGUUAGAACUCGUCUCCCGGCAUUCCAAUCUGCUCGCGGUCUGUGAUUGGUUCACUGUGAGCCGUCCGUUUAGUUGUUGGACAACAUCCCCCAGAAUCCUCCGCGCUCGGGCUAGCAGUGGCCUCCCACAUGUCUUCUGGCACAAAGGCUGCUCUUCAGUUGCAGGAUGUCUCGUCGUAGACCUUGAUGUCCAAGGAGAAGAAGCUGUGGCUGUCCAGGCGCUGCAGGAGGCGGAAGACGAGAACGUUCUCCCCACGGAAAGGGACCCUGCUGUAGACUGCACCGUCUUGUCUCGAAGCAAAUCUGGAGAUUCCGGUGCUAAAAUCUACCCAGCCAGUUGGGAAAUGGAAGAGAGCAACAGCGCUUGUAAUUCUACAGACAGCAAUCGCCAAGUUCCUAACAACUCCGAUGAAGCCCCAUUAAAGGAAGGUCUAGCCCCAGCUACUUCGAAAUCUAAUGAAAACGGCAAUGCGGACGGUGCAAAAACCCUCGAGUCAAACAAGCCGCGGGAAACGUCGACCUCUAAACACAAUGACGGCGGUAAAUCAUUUUGGGACAAACCAAAAUACAUCCAGAAGUACUUAAGCCAAAAGGAGCAGAAGAAUUACAUAUGCAAUGAAUGCGGGAAGAGUUUUAUCUACCGCUCGUACCUCGUGGUCCACCAGAGGACGCAUACAGGGGAGAGGUUAUACGUCUGCAUUGAGUGCGGGAAAGGCUUCACGCGGAACUCUUACCUCGUGAUACAUCGCAGGUCGCACACCGGAGAGAAACCGUUCCCGUGUCUCGAAUGCGGAAAAAGCUUUACGAGUAACGUAAGUUUGGUGAAACACCAAAAAACCCACGACGAGGUAAAGCCGUAUAACUGCGAACAUUGCGGGAAGAGCUUUACGGAUAGCUCCAACUAUAUGCGCCACCAGAUAAUCCACACCGGGGAGAAACCCUACAAAUGCAGCAUGUGCGAGAAAAGCUUCACCAGGAACUCCCACCUGGUGCUGCAUCAGAGGACGCAUACCGGGGAGAGGCCUUAUCCUUGCCCGCACUGUGAUAAAUGCUUUACCAGCAGCUCCAACCUCGCAAGCCACCAGAAGACGCACACGGGCAAGAAGCCUUACUCGUGCAAGGAGUGCGGGAAAAACUUCUCUCAGAAAUCAUACCUGGUCACGCAUGCACGGAGCCACACCGGGGAGAAGCCCUUCGCGUGUGACUGCGGCAAGCGCUUCGUUGUCCGAGCCUCUCUGGUGAAGCACCAGGCCAAGCACACGGGGGAACGGCCUUUCGGGUGCGGCGCGUGCGGCAAGCGCUUUCUACGGCGAUCGCAUCUCAACGCGCACAGGAAAACCCACAAGGUGGAGAGGCCGUUUGCUUGUAACAAGUGCGAAAAGACCUUCACGCGGAGGUCCCACCUUCUGGUCCACCGGAGAAGUCACAAGCGCGAGAAGCCCUACCUUUGCUUUGAGUGCGGCGACUGCUUCACGCGUAAAUCCGCUCUAAUCACUCAUCAGAAAAGCCACGAACUACCGCUGAGGGACGCUGACCAAAACGAGGAAGAGGAGACGCUAGAGGAUAAUAGUUAGUAAGACUGUGUUAGCGUGUGUG